CAGCAGACGCGCACCUCAAAUCCCAUUCAGAGAGUUACAGCCAACAGCCGCAUCAAGGGUAGGUGCUUUGCUACAGACUCAAUGCUGUGAAAUCUGAUGUUUACCUUGAUUAAUCUUUAUUUUUUAAAACGUAUUUAUUGAUCAGCAUCGAUAUAUUAAAUACAACUUGAAUAUUGUUGAUAUUCUGUCACUUGCCACUUGCUGGCACAAAAAAAAGGCUUUUUGAAUGUGUAGAUAGAUUUUUACAGUGGCAAAAUAUAAUUUUGGGCUGUAGAUUUUUUCCAGAUCUUGUUGUAGAUAUUAAAAGGUCUUCAUAAAGAGUUGUUAAUGCCAGUUAUCUGAUAACUGUUCUGUAAUGUAUGCAAAUCUGACGUUGUCAUAUAACAACCCUUUCUGCUGUAAAUGCACACUAAAGUCCAUUCUGAAAAAAGCAUCUGACAAAUUCUUGUCGUGUUAGUACUCAAUAGUUUAGUAUUGUAUAUAUUCAGUGUGGAAGUACCCACUCAUUUAAAUGUGACAUAUGCACAUUUAGUCAUUGCGCUAUGACCUUGCGCUAUGAGACUGUGACAACUACCAAGUCUCUAUUGACCAAAACCACUAAACGCAUUGUGGGGCAUACAAGGAUACCUGUGUGCUGGAUUUUCUUUUUCACACACAAGUCUAAAGUGUCACAGGAAGUCUUGGCUGGGCCACAGGGAAUAUGUAUAAGGAAGACCAUUCCUGCCACCCAAACAUAAAAUACAUUCGGAAAGUUUUCAGACCCCUUGAUUUUCCCCCCACAUGUUGUUAUGUUACAGCCUUAUUCUAAAAUGGAUUGCAUAAAUAAAUAAAAAUCCUCAUUAAUCUACACACAAUACCCCACCCAUAAUGACAAAACAAAAACAGGUUUUUAGAAAUGUUUGCAAAUUUAUAAAAUAAAACUAAACAGAAAUACAUUAUUUAGAGAAGUAUUCAGACCCUUUGCUAUGAGACUUGAAAUUGAGCUCAGGUGCAUCCUGUUUCCAUUGAUCAUCCUUGAUGUUUCUACAACUUGAUUGGAGUCCACCUGUGGUAAAUUCAAUUGAAUGGACAUGAUUUGGAAAGGCACACACCUGUCUAUAUAAGGUCCCACAGUUGACAGUGCAUUCUGGGCAAAAACCAAGCCAUGAGGUCGAAGGAAUUGUCCGUAGAGCUGCGAGACAGGAUUGUGUUGAAGCACAGAUCUGGGGAAGGGUACCAAAACAUUUCUGCAGCAUUGAAGGUCCCCAAGAACACAGUGGCCUACACCAAGACAAGUCUCUGAAUGUCAUUGAGUGGCCCAGCCAGAGCCCAGACUUGAACCCGAUCUAACAUCUCUGGAGAGACCUGAAAAUAGCUGUGCAGCGACGUUCUCCAUCCAACCUGACAGAGCUUGAGAGCAUCUGCAGAGAAGAAUGGGAGAAACUCCCCAAAUACAGGUGUGCCAAGCUUGUAGCGUCAUACCCAAGAAGACUCAAGGCUGUAAUCACUGCCAAAGGUGCUUCAACAAAGUACUGAGUAAAGGGUCUGAAUACUUAAGUAAAUGUGAUAUUUCCAUUUUUUAUUUUGAAUAAAUUAGCAAAAAUGUAUGAGGUAUUGUGUGAUUGAGGGGGGAAAAAACCAAUUGAAUCCAUUUUAGAAUAAGGCUGUAACAUAACAAAAUGUGGAAAAAGUCAAGGGGUCUGAAUACUUUCCGAUUACAUUGUAGAUCAUACAUAUAGGUUAUGUUUCUUCAUUUGUUGCAUUGUGUGGUGAUUUCCAUCGAUCCACGUCGCCAGGCAUAAUGGGACCCAUGUCGUCCAAGAAGUUAUACUUUUGACUCAUCUGUCCAUAGAACAUUCUUCCAAGAGUCUUGAUGAUCAUCCAGGUACUUUUUGGCAUUUUGAUUAUAUUUGUAUUUCGUAUUUUAUUUUUACCUUUAUUUAACCAGGUAAGCCUGUUGAGAACAAGUUCUAAUUUACAACAGCGACCUGGCCAAGAUAAAGCAAAGCAGUGCGAUUUAAAAACAACAACACAGUUACAUAUGGGGUAAACAAAACAAAGUCAAAAAUACAACAGAAAAUAUAUAUACAGUGUGUGUGAAUGUAGUAAAUUAUGGAGGUAAGGCAAUAAAUAGUCCAUAGUGCAAAAUAGUUACAAUUUCGUAUUAACACUGGAAUGAUAGAUCUGCAAAAGAUGAUGUGCAAAUAGAGAUACUGGGGUGCAAAUUAGCUAAAUAAAUAACAAUAUGGGGAUGAGGUAGUUGGAUGGGCUAAUUACAGAUGGGCUGUGUACAGGUGCAGUGAUCGGUAAGCUGCUCUGACAACUGACGCCUAAAGUUACUGAGGGCGAUAAGAGUCUCCAGCUUCAGAGAUUUUUGCAGUUCGUUCCAGUCAUUGGCAGCAGAGAACUGGAAGGAAUGGCGGCCAAAGGAGGUGUUGGCUUUGGGGAUAACCAGUGAGAUAUACCUGCUGGAGCGCAGACUAUGGGUGGGUGUUGCUAUGGUGACCAGUGAGGUAAGAUAAGACUGGGAUUUGCCUAGCAGUGAUUUAUAGAUGACCUGGAGCCAGUGGGUUUGGCGACGAAUAUGUAAUGAGGGCCAGCCAACAAGAGCGUACAGGUCACAAUGGUGGGUAGUAUAUGGGGCUUUGGUGACACAACGGAUGGCACUGUGAUAGACUACAUCCAAUUUGCUGAGUAGAGUGUUGGAGGCUAUUUUGUAACUGACAUCGCCAAAGUCAAGGAUCGGUGGGAUAGUCAGUUUUACGAGGGCAUGUUUGGCAGCAUGAGUGAAGGAGGCUUUGUUGUGAAAUAGGAAGCCGAUUCUAGAUCUAACUUUUGAUUGGAGAUGCUUAAUGUGAGUCUGGAAGGAUAAUUUACAGUCUAACCAGACACCUAGGUAUUUGUAGUUGUCCACAUACUCUAGGUCAGACCCCCCGAGAGUAGUGGUUCUAGUCGGGUGGGCGGGUGCAAGCAGCGUUCGGUUGAAGAGCAUGCAUUUCGUUUUACUAAUGUUUAAGAGCAGUUGGAGGCUACGGAAGGAGUGUUGUAUGGCGUUGAAGCUCGUUUGGAGAUUUGUUAACACAGUGUCCAAUGAAGGGCCAGAUGUAUACAAAAUGGUGUUGUCCGCAUAGAGGUGGAUCCGAGCGUCACCAGCAGCAAGAGCAACAUCAUUGAUAUACACAGAGAAUAGAGUCGGCCCGAGAAUUGAACCCUGUGGCACCCUGCGCAGUACUGUCUUUUAUCGAUCGCGGUUAUAAUAUCGUUUAGGACCUUGAGCGUGGCUGAGGUGCACCCAUGACCAGCUCGGAAACCAGAUUGCAUAGCGGAGAAGGUACGGUGGGAUUCGAAAUGGUUGAUGAUCUGUUUGUUAACUUGGCUUUCAAAAACUUUCGAAAGGCAGGGCAGAAUGGAUAUAGGUCUGUAACAGUUUGGAUCUAAAGUGUCACUGUCACGAGAAUUUCUCUCUCUCUCUAAUUAAACCUAAGCUUGAAUCAUUACCAGCGGUUGUAAGGCUCUAGUUUUAAUCAUGAAUAAUUCAAGGUCCACAACCAGCAAGAAUGAUCUGUAUGUUUAAUCAUGGAAAGCUCUCCCGCCAAAACACAUAACCAGCCUUUUAUAUAUGCUUCACACAAAGGAACUUUGCUCCGCCCACCUUUUAGGCGGCCUUUAACCAGUUUCUCAGUCCCCUUCAUCCUGGAAUGUUUGUCUCAGCAGUUUCUAACUCACCCCCUCUGUUAGUGGGUUUAUAAUGAUAACCCUAACACAGUUCACACAGUCAUCAUCAGUAUUGGGGUUAACAAUUUUGGUCACAAUCAUAAUUCCUCUAUCAGUCACCCCCUUUGAAGAGGGGGAUGACCGCGGCAGCUUUCCAAUCUCUGGGGAUCUCAGACGUUACGAUAGAGAGAUUGAACAGGCUAGUAAUAGGGGUUGCGACAAUUUCGGCGGCUAAUUUUAGAAAGAAAGGGUCCAGAUUGUCUAGCCCAGCUGAUUUGUAGGGGUCCAGAUUUUUCAGCUCUUUCAGAACAUCAGCUGUCUGAAUUUGUGUAAAGGAGAAGCUGGGGGGGGGGGCAUGGGUAAAUUGCAGCUGAGGUGCAGAGCUGGUGGCCGGGGUAGUGGUAGCCAGGUGGAAAGCAUGGCCAGCCGUAGCAAAAUGCUUGUUGAAAUUCUCGAUUAUUGUAGAUUUAUCGGUGGUGACAGUGUUUCCAAGCCUCAGUGCAGUGGGCAGUUGGAAGGAGGUGCUCUUAUUCUUCAUGUACUUUACAGUGUCCCAAAACUUUUUGGAGUUAGUGCUACAGGAUGCACAUUUCUGUUUGAAAAAGCUAGCCUUUGCUUUCCUAACUGAUUGUGUAUAUUGGUUCCUGACUUCCCUGAAAAGUUGCAUAUCGCGGGGGCUGUUAGAUGCUAAUGCAGUACGCCACAGGAUGUUUUUGUGCUGGUCAAGGGCAGUCAAGUCUGAGGAGAACCAGGGGCUAUAUCUGUUCUAGUUCUGAAUUCUUUGAAUGGGGCAUGCUUAUUUCAGAUGGAGAGGAACGCACUUUUAAAGAACAACCAGGCAUCCUCUACUGACAGAAUGAGGUCAAUAUCCAUCCAGGAUACCCGGGCCAGGUCAAUUAGAAAGGCCUGCUUGCUAAAGUGUUUUUUAGGGAGCGUUUGACAGUGAUGAGGAGUGGUCGUUUGACCGCGGACCCAUUACGGACGCAGACAAUAAAGCAGUGAUCGCUGAGAUCCUGGUUGAAGACAGCGGAGGUGUAUUUAGAGGGUAAAUUUGUCAGGAUGAUAUCUAUGAGGGUGCCCAUGUUUACAGAUUUUGGGUUGUACCUGGUAGGUUCGUUGAUAAUAUGUGUGAGAUUGAGGGCAUCUAGUUUAGAUUGUAGGUUGGCCGGGGUGUUAAGCAUAUCCCAGUUUAGGUCACCAAGCAGUAUAAACUCUGAGGAUAGAUGGGGGGAAAUCAGUUCACAUAUGGUGUCCAGGGCACAGCUCGGGGCUGAGGGGGGUCUGUAGCAAGCGGCAACAGUGAGAGACUUAUUUCUGGAAAGGUGGAUUUUUAGAAGUAGAAGCUCAAACUGUUUGGGCACAGACCUGGAUAGUAUGAUAGAGCUCUGCAGGCUAUCUCUACAGUAGAUUGCAACCCCACCCCCUUUGGCAGUUCUAUCGAGACUGAAAAUGUUGUAGUUGGGGAUGGACAUUUCUGAAUUUUUGUUGGCCUUCCUGUCCAUAUCUCAAACUUAGGGAGGAGGCUUCGGAUGUUAACGUGCAAGAAACCAAGGCUUUUACGGUUACAGAAGUCAAAAAAUGAUAACGCCUGGGGAGUAGGAGUGAUACUGGGGGCUACAGGGCCUGGGUUAACCUCUACAUCACCAGAGGAACAGAGGAGGAAUGGAAUAAGGAUACGGCUAAAGGCUUUAAGAACUGGUCUUCUAGUGCGUUGGGUACAGAGAAAAAAAGGGGUAGAUUUCCGGGCGUUGUAGAAUAGAUUCAGGGCAUUAUGUACAGGCAAGGAUAUGGAAGGAUAUGAGUACAGUGGAGGUAAACCUAAGCGUUGGGUAACGAUGAAAGAGAUAGCAUCACUGGAGGCACCGAUUGAGUCGGUCUCUGCGUGUAUGGGGGGUGGGACAAAGGAGCUGUCUAAGGCAGGUUGAGCUGGGCUGGGGGCUCUACAGUGAAAUAGUACAAUAAGAAAUAACCGAAACAGCAAUAAGCAAGGCAUAUUGACAUGGGAGAGAGGCAUAAAGCAAUCACAGGUGUUAUUCGAGAGAGCUAAGACAACAGCUGGUAAUGGCGACAAAGUUUGGGCUGAGGCUAAACAUAAACAGGAUGCGGUACCGUAUAAAAGAACAGUCCAGCAGGCAUCGGCUGUAUAGCUGAGUUAUCAUAAGGUCCGGUGAACAGCAAUAGGAGAGUUCGGAGGUAGUUCGGGGGCUACUACCGCACUGGCGAGCAAGAGGCCCGGCUUGCGUGUGCUAGCGGGCUGGGGCUAGCAGAUGGAUCUUCGUGGUCAACGUCGUAACGGGAAGCCUGUUGAAACCACAUCAGACGAUUUCGUCGGCAAACCAGUCGUAUUGGAUCGGCGGGGCUCCGUGUCAACACUAUGAGGUCCCGUCCGGUUGACAGAGAGGUAGAUAGCCGGGAGAUGGGCCUGGCUCGAGGCUAGCUCAAGGCUAACUGGUACUUGCUAAGGGGCAAUGGUAAUUAGCCAACGACAACAGCCAUUUGGUUGCAGCUAGCUGGUUGCGAUGAUCCGGCGCUAGGGUCCAGUGAUUCCGGCAGAAAAUCCGAUAUGCUCUGGGUCGAUAGCACGCUGUGCAGACUGGCCGACAAAUUGUCCAGGCUAGAGCUAGAGCUGGCUGGUGGGUAGUGCAGGCCACGAACAAUGGUGAAGACGCUAACGGUGGCUAAUAGCAAGUAGCCAUUCGGUUGCAGCUAGGCUAGUUUCAGCUUAAGGUUCUUGAUAAAAGUUAUAAAGAAACAAUAGAAGCCUUUCCACGUUGGGUGAGGCGGGUUGCAGGAAAGUAUAUUUUAGUUAAAGAAUGAAAAAGUAAAAUUUAGAAAUGUAUACAAAUUGACAAUAAACAAAAAAACUGUCUAUUUACACAAGGACACAUAAAAAAACACGACCGCACUGCUACGCCAUCUUGGAUAGUUUAACACUUGUUUGGUUACUACAUGAUUCCAUAUGUGUUAUUUCAUAGUUUUUAUGGCUUCACUAUUAUUUCCCCCCUCUGAUAACCAGGUGGCGAAUCGCAUCUCCAGGUGGCGAAUCGCAUCUCUGCAUGUCUGGCAGACAUAUCAGUAUGGAUGACGGAUCACCACCUCAAGCUGAACCUUGGCAAGACGGAGCUGCUCUUCCUCCCGGGGAAGGACUGCCCGUUCCAUGAUCUCGCCAUCACGGUUGACAACUCCGUUGUGUCCUCCUCCCAGAGUGCGAAGAGCCUUGGCGUGACCCUGGACAACACCCUGUCGUUCUCCGCUAACAUCAAGGCGGUGACCCGAUCCUGUAGGUUCAUACUCUACAACAUUCGGAGAGUACGACCCUGCCUUACACAGGAAGCGGCACAGGUCCUAAUCCAGGCACUUGUCAUCUCCCGUCUGGAUUACUGCAACUCGCUGUUGGCUGGGCUCCCUGCCUGUGCCAUUAAACCCCUACAACUCAUCCAGAAUGCCGCAGCCCGUCUGGUGUUCAACCUUCCCAAGUUCUCUCACGUCACCCCGCUCCUCCGCACACUCCACUGGCUUCCAGUUGAAGCUCGCAUCUGUUACAAGACCAUGGUGCUUGCCUAUGGAGCUGUGAGGGGAACGGCACCUCCUUACCUUCAGGCUCUGAUCAGUCCCUACACCCAAACGAGGGCAUUGCGUUCAUCCACCUCUGGCCUGCUGGCUCCCCUUCCUCUGCGGAAGCAUAGUUCCCACUCAGCCCAGUCAAAACUGUUCGCUGCUCUGGCACCCCAAUGGUGGAACAAGCUCCCUCACGACGCCAGGACAGCGGAGUCACUCACCACCUUCCGGAGACAUUUGAAACCCCACCUCUUAUUAGGAUAAAGAAUUAGGAUAAAGUAAUCCUUCUACCCCCCACCCCCCCCCCCCCCACUGGCUAUAAGGUGAAUGCACCAAUUUGUAAGUCGCUCUGGAUAAGAGCGUCUGCUAAAUGACGUAAAUGUAAUGUAAAUGAAAAACCCUCAUGAAUGCACCAAUUUCUAAGUCGCUCUGGAUAAGAGCGUCUGCUAAAUGACGUAAAUGUAAUGAGUAGGUGUGUCCAAACUUUUGGCUGGUACUGUAUAUUUGAGACUUGUUUUUAUUGAGUUUUUACCUGAAAUUGCAGUAACAGCCUGUUACGUUCUGGAACUGUCGUAGUAGCUGCCGGCUGCACUGAGACACAUGACUAUUGAAGGCCAUCCCCACAACCAACAUUAUUUUUAAAUGUAGAUCAUAAAAAUAGGAUAUGUCUUUUCAUUUGUAUCAUUGUGAUUUCAGAGGUGGCACCACAGGUCCCUGAGUGGUGGGGGGAGAACUGUUUUCAAGUUUUUCCUGAUCUAGUAGUAGACUAACCUCUGGACCCUAGCUGUAGCAUAUGACAUAGUAAUAAAUCAGCUGUAAAAAAAAAACUGUUAUGAUGGGACCAGAUUCUUCUUUUAAUGAGGUCAUAUGGUUUAAAAAAAAUAAAAAAAUAUCCUGGCCCUAGGGAAGAUGAAAACAUUAAAAAUCUUUACACAGCUAAAAGAGAAAACAACUUAGAUUGGACAAUACAACUAACAGGGCUGAGCUAGCUGUAUGCAGUGUUCUCUAGGCUACCUGCAGCGGUGGUUGUUAUCAGCAGGCUUCUCUGUACAGACCCAUAUUUAUGUUUAUUUAUUUUCCCUUUUGUACUCGUUACAACACUGUACAUAGACAUAAUGACAUUUGAAAUGUAUCUUCCUUUGAAACCAUUGAGUGUAAUGUUUACUGUUAAUUUCUGAUUGUUUAUGAUCUAUUUCACUUGCUUUGGCAAUGUAACCAAAUAUUUCCCAUGCCAAUAAAGCCCUUUGGGAGAGAGAGAUGCAUUUUUUUAAAUUGAUGAAGAUAAAUGACAGAAAACACUACCCCACUCCGCUUUCACCACUGUUGAUUCUCUCCAAAUGCUCUGUGUGACCACCCGCCAAUGUGGCUGGUAAGAACAUUCCACCAACCAUUGCCAAAAUGUACCAGCAUUUGUGGCUGGUGUUAAUUACCCACCCUGCUUGUAAGGUUGGAUGUUGUGGUUCUGGAGGAGAGAUACACCUUUAGCAUACGCGACUGACCAGGGCCGGGUUUCCCAAAUUCAUUUUAAGGCUAAAUUAAUUGUUAGAACCUUCGUAGGAGCAUCGUUAAAUCUCCAUGCUGUUUCCCAAAACCAUCGUUAUUAAUGUUGCUCUUGAAAACGCUCGUAAUCGAACGCCUGCCUCAAACCACUAGCACAGCUAAGUGCGUCAUUAGAUGCUUUCUUUGCCCUCCCGCAUCACUUUAUACACCGAUGUCCUCUAAACAUAGAAUCACAUGGUUGAUCCCUCUCUCUGUGACCUCUGAUAACUUCAGAAUAAAGUUGACUACAAAUACAAAGUUGCCCAUUUCUUUGCAAUUGACAAACAAGCGACGUAGGCUAUAAAAAUAUGCUUCAAAUGAAAACUGACUGCAUUAAAAUAUGAACGGUAUAGGUCUAUGUCAAUCAUAUUGAAAUACAUUUCAUAUUCAAUCAAUGGAGUUAUAUUUUGCUACUUGUAGGCUGUCUGUAAUUUGUCUCAAUAUAUUUAAUGAUGUGUAACCUAACGUGCAAAAUAAUAAUAUGCCAUUUAGCAGACGCUUGUAUCCAAGGCGACUUAGUCAUGCGUGCAUACAUUUUUUUUUUGUGUGUAUGGGUGGUCCCGGGGAUCGAACCCACUACCCUGGCGUUACAAGCGCCGUGCUCUACCAGCUGAGCUACAAGAGGCCUUUUAUCUUUUAUUAAAUGUUGUGUGUUUACAAGCAUGUUGUCUCUGGUACCAGACAGUUCUAACAGCUCACUAUACCUUCAGAUAGACCAAGUAUUGCUAAUGUUUUAGUCUUAUGGAGUUAUACAUAGACCAAUUUUGUCCAAUAACAGACUGGUGCCCCGAUCUCAUAACUUGAAGAAAUAACUUGACCCUCCCUUAUACACCAUGUGUCUAACUGUUAUGUUACCCUCUUCUCUGUUUAUUACUAUCUACGUCUCUUCUCUCUCAGUUCUGACCCAAGUUGACUGGACAGAGGGUUGAGGGAAUCUCCUAGCAGAAAGCAUCAUGGGAGGAGCCGUGGUAGACGAUGAGCCUAGUGAUGUGAAGGCGCCAGACGGAGGGUGGGGCUGGGCCGUGCUGGCCGGAGGGUUCGUCAUCACUGGGUUCUCCUACGCCUUCCCCAAGGCUGUCAGUGUGUUCUUCAAGGAGUUGAUCAGGGAGUUCGGAGUGGGAUACAGCGACUGUGCAUGGAUUUCUUCUAUACUGUUGGCCAUGCUCUACGGCACAGGUACGGACACGGACACACACACACACACUGACUGGUAUUGUGUAUAUCUCCAGUCUACAAGAGGCCCAGUAGAGAAGGUGUCAGGCCUGGGCGUUAGUACCUCCAGAGUCUACACCAAACUCUGACAGGAUCUUUAUGUCAUUAUUUUAACAGGUAUUUGUAUUUAUUAAGGAUCCCCAUUACUUCCUGCCAAGGCAGCAGCUACUCUUCCUGGGGUUUAUUAUGGAUCCCCAUUAGUUCCUGCCAAAGCAGCAGCUACUCUUCCUGGGGUUUAUUAUGGAUCCCCAUUACUUACAUUUAACAUUUUAGUCAUUUAGCAGACGCUCUUAUCCAGAGCGACUUACAGUUAGUGAGUGCAUACAUUUUUUUCAUACUGCCAAGGCAGCAGCUACUCUUCCUGGGAUCCAAACAAGAUUAAGGCAAUUACAUCACAAAACAUUUAAAUUAAACAGUACAUCAUACAACACAUUAUUACACCACUACUCUACCACUGAAAAUCUACAAUACAAAAUGUAUAAUACAACAAUAUUAAAACAUUACUAUGUACGUGUGUUAGGUUAGUCACAUUGAAAUGAAACGCCUUGUUUCCAAGAGAGACAUGGCCAAAAUAGCAGCACACAAAGUUUCAGAGACAUUUACAACCUAAAACACAAAGCACUAAGCACACAUUUUCCACAUUGAGCAGGAUAGAUUCUUUGGGGAGGUUUGGUGCAUCUGGUGUCAAAACAUUGACAGCCCCCCACUUCAUUUUCCACCAUAGAUUUUAGAUUUAAACUAAUUCAAAGAGACAAGCUCCUGUCAUUUCAUGUCCUGUUGUAGCUCAAUCCAAGUGGAAAGGGCAGAGAACUGGAACACUUUUUUUUAUCCAGCUCAGUACUGGUCUUAGGCACAAUAAGUUCUGAGAGUGUCUGUCUGCCUGCAGGUCCACUGUGCAGUGUGCUGGUGAACAAGUUUGGGUGUCGGCCAGUGAUGAUGGUGGGAGGGCUCUUUGCCUCCUUAGGAAUGAUCCUGGCCUCCUUUGCAACCAGUAUCAUACAUAUCUACCUCUGUACUGGAGUUAUAACAGGUUAGUAAACACAGACAUUUAUCUCUGUACUGGAGUUAUAACAGGUUAGUAAACACAGACAUUUAUCUCUGUACUGGAGUUAUAACAGGUUAGUAAACACACACACACAAUUGAACUGUUUCUCUGUCUACCAGGUCUGGGCCUGGCGCUGAACUUCCAGCCAUCUCUGAUCAUGCUGAAUCGUUACUUCAGUGAGAAGAGGCCUCUAGCUAACGGACUAUCUGCUGCCGGAAGCCCUGUGGCCCUCUGCUGCCUCUCUCCUCUGGGACAGGUACUACACCUCUCCUCUUCAGUCUCCCUCUCUGCAGUUGUAGAUCAGUAUUAUGAUGUAGGGAUAUAUAUAUAUAUAUAUAUAUAUAUAUACACACACACAGUGGGGGGAAAAAGUAUUUAGUCAGCCACCAAUUGUGCAUGUUCUCCCACUUAAAAAGAUGAGAGAGGCCUGUAAUUUUCAUCAUAGGUACACGUCAACUAUGACAGACAAACUGAGAAAAAAAAUCCAGAAAAUCACAUUGUAGGAUUUUUAAUGAAUUUAUUUGCAAAUUAUGGUGGAAAAUAAGUAUUUGGUCACCUACAAACAAGCAAGAUUUCUGGCUCUCACAGACCUGUAACUUCUUCUUUAAGAUGCUCCUCUGUCCUCCACUCGUUACCUGUAUUAAUGGCACCUGUUUGAACUUGUUAUCAGUAUAAAAGACACCUGUCCACAACCUCAAACAGUCACACUCCAAACUCCACUAUGGCCAAGACCAAAGAGCUGUCAAAGGACACCAGAAACAACAUUGUAGACCUGCACCAGGCUGGGAAGACUGAAUCUGCAAUAGGUAAGCAGCUUGGUUUGAAGAAAUCAACUGUGGGAGCAAUUAUUAGGAAAUGGAAGACAUACAAGACCACUGAUAAUCUCCCUCAAUCUGGGGCUCCACGCAAGAUCUCACACCGUGGGGUCAAAAUGAUCACAAGAACGGUGAGCAAAAAUCCCAGAACCACACGGGGGGACCUAGUGAAUGACCUGCAGAGAGCUGGGACCAAAGUAACAAAGCCUACCAUCAGUAACACACUACGCCGCCAGGGACUCAAAUCCUGCAGUGCCAGACGUGUCCCCCUGCUUAAGCCAGUACAUGUCCAGGCCCGUCUGAAGUUUGCUAGAGUGCAUUUGGAUGAUCCAGAAGAGGAUUGGGAGAAUGUCAUAUGGUCAGAUGAAACCAAAAUAUAACUUUUUGGUAAAAACUCAACUCGUCGUGUUUGGAGGACAAAGAAUGCUGAGUUGCAUCCAAAGAACACCAUACCUACUGUGAAGCAUGGGGGUGGAAACAUCAUGCUUUGGGGCUGUUUUUCUGCAAAGGGACCAGGACGACUGAUCCGUGUAAAGGAAAGAAUGAAUGGGGCCAUGUAUCGUGAGAUUUUGAGUGAAAACCUCCUUCCAUCAGCAAGGGCAUUGAAGAUGAAACGUGGCUGGGUCUUUCAGCAUGACAAUGAUCCCAAACACACCGCCCGGGCAACGAAGGAGUGGCUUCGUAAGAAGCAUUUCAAGGUCCUGGAGUGGCCUAGCCAGUCUCCAGAUCUCAACCCCAUAGAAAAUCUUUGGAGGGAGUUGAAAGUCCGUGUUGCCCAGCGACAGCCCCAAAACAUCACUGCUCUAGAGGAGAUCUGCAUGGAGGAAUGGGCCAAAAUAACAGCAACAGUGUGUGAAAACCUUGUGAAGACUUACAGAAAACGUUUGACCUGUGUCAUUGCCAACAAAGGGUAUAUAACAAAGUAUUGAGAAACUUUAGUUAUUGACCAAAUACUUAUUUUCCACCAUAAUUUGCAAAUAAAUUCAUAAAAAAUCCUACAAUGUGAUUUUCUGGAUUUUUUUCCCUCAUUUUGUCUGUCAUAGUUGACGUGUACCUAUGAUGAAAAUUACAGGCCUCUCAUCUUUUUAAGUGGGAGAACUUGCACAAUUGGUGGCUGACUAAGUACUUUUUUCCCCCCACUGUAUAUAUGUAUAUAUAUAUACAUACACAUACAGUGAGGGAAAAAAGUAUUUGAUCCCCUGCUGAUUUUGUACGUUUGCCCACUGACAAAGAAAUGAUCAGUCUAUAAUUUUAAUGGUAGGUUUAUUUGAACAGUGAGAGACAGAAUAACAACAUUGAAAAUGGGUCAUGGAUGGGUAUUCCAGCAUGACAAUGACCCAAAACACAUGGCCAAGGCAACAAAGGAGUGGCUCAAGAAGAAGCACAUUAAGGUCCUGGAGUGGCCUAGCCAGUCUCCAGACCUUAAUCCCAUAAAAAAAUCUGUGGAGGGAGUUGAAAGUCCGUGUUACCCAGCGACAGCCCCAAAACAUCACUGCUCUAGAGGAGAUCUGCAUGGAGGAAUGGGCCAAAAUAACAGCAACAGUGUGUGAAAACCUUGUGAAGACUUACAGAAAACAUUUGACCUGUGUCAUUGCCAACAAAGGGUAUAUAACAAAGUAUUGAGAAACUUUUGUUAUUGACCAAAUACUUAUUUUCCACCAUAAUAUGCAAAUAAAUUCAUUAAAAAUCCUACAAUGUGAUUUUCUGGAUUUUUUUGUACCUAUGAUGAAAAUUACAGGCCUCAUCUUUUUAAGUGGGAGAACUUGCACAAUUGGUGGCUGACUAAAUACAUUUUUUCCCCACUGUGUGUGUGUGUGUGUGUGUGUGUGUGUGUGUGUGUGUGUGUGUAUGUGUAUAUAUAUAUAUAUAUAUAUAUAUAUAAACACAAUGAAAGAUACAAAGGGGAAAUUAUAUGCUUUCUUGGAGUUACGGAUCAUCGAUAUUGUUAAUGUUUUUCUUCAUAUUUCACCCCCAAAGGUGUUGCAGUACCACUACGGUUGGAGAGGCGGCUUCCUCAUCCUGGGGGGUCUGCUGCUCAACUGCUGCGCAUGUGGGGCCCUGAUGAGACCCCUGGUGGGCCCCAAGAAGCCCCAGGACCAGGAGUUGCAGGCUGUAGACCAAGCAGAAAAAAAGGCCAAACCUCAGAAGAAGCUCCUGGACUUUAGCGUAUUUAAAGACAGAGGUUUCCUCAUCUAUGCCAUAGCUGCGUCCAUCAUGGUACUGGGUCUGUUUGUGCCACCCGUGUUUGUGGUGAGCUAUGCCAAGGAGAUGGGGAAUGAAGACACCAAGUCUGCCCUACUCCUCACCAUCCUGGGGUUCGUUGAUAUCUUCGCCCGGCCCACAUGUGGGCUGAUCGCGGGGAUGAAGUGGGUCCGGCCCAGAUGUGUAUAUCUGUUCAGCUUUGCCAUACUCUUUAAUGGCAUCACUGACGUGGUCAGCUCACAGGUAAGGCUGGAACUAGUUUUGAUUGAUAUUAUUUGUAUGGAUGGAUGUAAACAAUACAUAAAUCAUAUUUAAUCAAUGUGUAUUGUAUCAUUAUUGGUAUUCCUGUAUUGACCCAUAUCAUUGCGGACACUGGGGCCCUCGAGAUCCGAAGCUAUUUGAUCCAUAUAAUUAGAAAGAUUAAUCAGUAAUGGUAAUUAUAUUUCUAUGGUCGUAUCACAUUGUUGCUUCUCUUUUGGCAGGCGACAGACUACCCUGGCCUGGUGGUGUUCUGUAUCUUCUUCGGGCUCUCUUACGGGAUGGUGGGGGCGCUGCAGUUCGAGGUUCUCAUGGCCAUCGUGGGCACCAAGAAGUUCUCCAGCGCUUUAGGAUUGGUGCUGCUCAUGGAGGCGAUCGCUGUGCUGGUGGGACCGCCUGGAGCAGGUCAGUAACCACAGGGAAGCGUUAGGAUAGAGUUAGAAUUAGGGUUAUGGCUUGUGUUAGGGUUCAACCAGGGUGUGGACAUGAAGCUAUGGUUAGGGCUAGGGUUGAGCCUGGGUGUGGACAUGGGGUUAGGGUUGAGCCUGGGUGUGGACAUGGAGAUAUGGUUAGGCUUGAGCCUGGUUGUGGACAUGGGGUUAGGUUUGAGCCUGGGUGUGGACAUGGAGUUAGGGUUGAGCCUGGGUGUGGACAUGGAGUUAGGGUUGAGCCUGGGUGUGGACAUGGAGUUAGGGUUGAGCCUGGGUGUGGACAUGGAGUUAGGGUUGAGCCUGGUUGUGGACAUGGAGUUAGGGUUGAGCCUGGGUGUGGACAUGGAGUUAGGGUUGAGCCUGGUUGUGGACAUGGAGUUAGGGUUGAGCCUGGGUGUGGACAUGGAGUUAGGCUUGAGCCUGGUUGUGGACAUGGAGUUAGGCUUGAGCCUGGUUGUGGACAUGGAGUUAGUGUUGAGCCUGGGUGUGGACAUGGAGUUAGGGUUGAGCCUGUGUUAGGGGUUUAGAACGAAGUCUUCAAACAAUCAGAAGCCAGAAAUGACAUCAUAACAUUUUAGCUAGUAAUAACCAGCUUAUGCCUUGAAUGGAUAGGAGGUAAUGAACUCUCUUCAUACCUGUAUAACCUCCUUCUCCCUCUCCUCUCCGUAGGUCGUCUGCUAGACACCACCCAUAACUACAUGCAUGUGUUCCUGCUGGCUGGCUGUGAGGUCAUUCUGGCCUCCAUCGUCAUCUGCAUGGGCAACUUUCUGUGCAUCAAGAAGAAGCCAGACAAGCCCGAAGCCCAUCUAGAGAAUGGAGCCCCCGCAGAGAUGGAGAAUCUCAACAGCCUGCCAGAGGGAGGGGAGACGGAGAGAGAGCAGCCGGACGGGGUGAGGGCCGGGUCGGGAAAGGCGAUAGAGGGAGCUGAGAAGAGUGGAGGGGUGGGGAACCCAGAGACAUCUCUGUGAUAGAGGGGAGAGACUGAUUAGCUCUAUGAAGCACCAAUAGGGAAGACACAUUCUGACGGAGGGAGGGAGGGAUGGAGCGAGAGAGGGAUGGAUUGUGAUGUGCUCUGUGUGUUUGGUGUUGUGUUGUAUGCUUUAAUAUACACAGCACAGCGUUAUGUAGUGUUGAUUUUUCAGUGUAACAUUUCUAGUGUUGAUUCAGGAGUUAAAUUAACUCUGUAGGUGUUAAAUGAACACUGAGUGGUGUAAUAGAGCCCCAGUGUUGGUGUUAAUAACCAGUAUUAAACAAAAACCAUUCCCAUCAUAUUUCCCAGCAUGCUCAAUUGCAUGUAGAUUUUUACAAUGUUUUUGCAUGUACAUUGCUUGAUUAAUUAAUCUUGUUAGACUCAAAUAUAAAUAACAUACAUUUUUCUAAACUAAUCCAAUAUAUUACUUGGACUUAUUGCACCCGUUACUGAAAUGGUUGUUCCAGUUUAGAUACUUUAUGUAGGCUCCUACAAUAUCUUAGUCUUCCCAAUCCUGGCAAUCAUUCUGAAUAAACAUAAAACAUUCCAAAUGUUGGAUAUUUCCACUCUGGCUGGAUUCCAAUAGGAAUUACACAUCACUUUGCAAACCAGCAUAAUGUGACUUGCAGGCCAAACCAUGAGUUUCAGACCACUGUAUUAGGGUACAUCUAGACCCUCAAAAUAAGGCCUUAUGAAAUAUGUAUUGCCAUAAAGAAUUCCAUUUUAAUGAUAACAUUUGCUUAGGAUCUCACUUGGUGAAGGCCACAAGACUGAAAAUGAACAGAUGCAACAACCAUGUCUAUGUCACUAACAAUUACAGGCAUGGGUGGUAACUACAAUUUACUUGAAAGGCAACCUGGGAAAUAUGCACUAAGCAGUUUGUUAAUUUAACACUGGAAAGUGUGGUCCCAUAUAGACACUAAGAGUGUUACAUUUAACACUGUGUUGAUUUAACACUGGAUAAUUUGCUGUGUGCAUACCAGCACGCACACCAGAAGGAACACUAUUAAAUGUUUUCUGGAAUCGCUCACUAUUAAAUGUUUUCUGGAAUCGCUCUGCCCACAGUACACACACACUGCUCUGCCCACAGUACACACACACACACACUUGCAGGCACCCAAGAGCAUGCACACACACAACCUUGAACUAACCAAUGCUUGUCACUGCCUGACUCACCAGUUCUUGAUACAGAAAAGAAUAACGAACAACUUCAUUUCCAGGACAUUUCCACAGUGACGGUAUUUGUUUAUGGAGACACUCCCCAGUGAGGAGAGAUUUAAAGAAACAAAGGAAUUCUUCUUUACUCCUCCUGAGUGACCUUGGCUUCCAGUGACGUGAGAUCUUGAAGUGACUUCUUUCCAAAGACAAGAAACCUCUGUACAAUAAUAUAUUUUUAAAAAAGACAUCAAGAGCUGGUUUCCCAAACCCAGAUUCAGCUUAGUCCUGGACUGAGAAGCAUGAUCAAUGGAAAUUCUUAAUUGAAAGUGUUAUUUUUAGUUCAGGACUAGGUGUGAUCUGUGUCUGAGAAAGUAGCCACAAAAUUAUUAUUUCAACUACCAAUGUUGUGGCAGGUUGCAGGCAUGUAUGAGUGAUGGUGUGACAUACUAUUUUAUUAAAGGUCCAAUGCAACUGUUUUUAUCUAAAUAUCAAAUAAUUUCUGGGAAAC